AUGGAAUAAUUUGAUUCAUUCAAUCCUGUUAGUAUUAGAAACAUUCUUGCAAAAAUUGAAAAUAUUGGUUUCAUUAGUCCAAAUAAAUAAAUUUCCUUAUAUGCAAACAUUUUGAUGAUUUGUCAUGACUUAAUCAUUUAAUUCAUCAAAUCUAAAUAAUAAUCUCUAAUUUGCUUCUUUAUUGAAUACACAGUAAAGUAUUAACUAUUAUCAUAUUAGUUUUAAAAAAAUCAAUCCAAAAGCAAAACUUAUGAGAUUUUUAACUCUUAUCUUAAUUCGUUAGAAUAACAUAAUUCAAAAUUAUCCUCUAUAUUUUUAUAUUUAUUCUAAAAUGAUCAAUGUAGAAAUAUUGCUUUACUUUAUGAAAAAUCUAAUUAAAUUAUAAGAGAUUUUACUAAAAUAAAAAAGGAUUAAUAAUUAGAUGAUAUAACAUUAAAAUUUAAUGAUAUAAUUACAAUAUCUUAAUUAAUUCUUGAUGAAAUAACUGUUGAUGAAAUUAUUAAUUUAUUAACCAAUGAAGUAAUGAAAAAUUUUUAAACUCUUAAUCCUUUACUAGAGUACAAAUUUUUAUUUUAUACUUUUAGAAUCUCCUCAAGUCAUUUAGUUUAACUUUUAAUACUUUACUAUUAGACUUCAUAAACUUUUAAGCCAUUUUCUACUCCUAAAAGAAGUCCAUAUAAAGAUAAAAAAUUUUAGAGUCCCAAAUUAUCAGGUUUUUAUAAAUGGGGUUCUCCAUUUUUUAGUUAAAAUGAAUUUCAUAAGAACCCAUUGAAUAAAAAAUUAUUAGAAGAUUUAGACCAAUAAGCUAAAAAAUAUCCUAAAACAAGAUUUAUGAGCAAUUAAUUUAACUAUUACAGUCCAUUAACACCCAAUAAAACAAGAUCUGAUUUUGAAUCUAAAGAUUCAGUUGUUUCUGAUUUCAUUAAGAUGAAAAGUUAUGAUAAUUCAAAAAAAUAAAGUCCUUCUCUAAUAUACCACACAGAAAACAGUUUUAGUGAAAAAAAAUAAGAUCAAAGUAUUUUAAUUUCUAUAUAUAUAAUUAUAGUAAAAUAAAGUGGUUGCUUAUAUAAUUAUGAAAUUCCAUAGACUCAAUAAGAAUUACAAAAAAUAAUACAAAUGUAUUCAAUUUAGUACUUCGAUCCUUCUAUAUAACUCCCAUAACCAUUAGAUAUUAAGAUUACUUAUGAGCAUCUCAUAGAUCUUUAUACAGAAUUAGAAUAAGAAAUGACAUUUAGAAAAACUAAUUAUAAAGCUAAACAAUAUUUUGCCUCUAUAGAUCCAAGAUAUCUCUAAAUAAACAAAAGUAAUAUAUUUAUUUUUAUAUAGAUGAAAAAAUUGAAGUUAUUUCUUAAAUAGAAGGAUGGAUCUUAGGAAAGAAUGAAUUUGGACAUAUAGGCUGUUGUGCAGAUACUUAUAUCCAAAGAUUGUGA